UACAGCUCAAGGUGUUCACACCUGUUCGUAUUCUGCAUUGCCCUGAACGAUAAAAGAGUGUCAUAGAACAGAUGUCUACGAUUUCGAACGCAAAGCAAUGGAUGUUUCUUUCCUUCUCAGGCCGCAUCAAUAUUGAUGAACAGAUCAAGGGGCCAGGUGAAGUAAACAGUGACCGGACCCCAAAAGUAGACGCCGGGGGUCCAAGGCGGACCUCGGCAUGCAGCUUACCGCCGAAGUGGCCCAUCACUGACGGACGGCAACAAUUCGGGAUGUCCCGCCCUGCGUCACUUCUGCAGAGAUUCAACCAUCGACAACACAUGUCACGCGCUAGUAAAGCACACAUACCCCGAAAUCGACACCCGGAAAACCGUCGCUCGCGAUCCCUCGGCCUGCGCAACCGGUUGAUCGACCAUGCGAGUUGGCGCUGGUGCGCGCAAUCAUCUUCGCCUGGUGCGAACGACCGGGUACGCCCGCCAAUGUGUUAGGACUCGCUGCACGCGACCAGCACUUGGGGAACGUGCGCUGGUCACACAGAACGGCGGCGCCUAUCGGACCGCGCAGAUCAAGCAGAUCCAGGGUUUUCGCGCGGGCGCUGUUCGCCCAACAAGCACGCGAGGGCUGGCCACGCAGUCAGGGACGUCGCAGGACAGUGUCUUGGGGCCACUGGCGGAAUACGACAGACGGGUAGAAACGGGGAUACUCCGUAACGAUGAACAUCAACGAGGCAUCAUCGAGAAUCUACAACACCUCCACGACGAACUGGUGCCCUAUCAAGCACGCAAAGUCGUCCACCCCAGCCUCGACCUGCUCAAACCAACCAAGAAAUCCGUAUUCUCCUCCCUCUUUGGGUCCUCCAAGAGCGCCCCCAAUGCCAUAGGCGAAAUCCCAGAGGACCUGCCGCGAGGCCUCUACCUCUAUGGGGACGUGGGCAGCGGCAAGACCAUGCUCAUGGAUCUCUUCUACGACACCCUGCCCCCCUCGGUAAAGACAAAGACGCGCAUACACUUUCACAACUUCAUGCAGGACGUUCAUAAACGACUACACAAGCUCAAGAUGGAGCAUGGGACAGACGUGGACACCGUGCCAUUUGUGGCGGCGGACAUUGCCGAGCAGGGCAAUGUGCUCUGCUUUGACGAAUUCCAGUGCACCGACGUGGCGGAUGCCAUGAUCCUGCGUAGACUGCUGGAGGCGCUCAUGGCCCACGGCAUCGUCAUGGUCACGACUUCGAAUCGUCACCCUGAUGAUCUGUACAAGAACGGAAUCCAGCGCGAGUCCUUCAUCCCAGCCAUCAAACUCCUCAAAGAUCGGCUACACGUCAUCAACCUCGACUCACCCACAGACUACAGAAAGAUCCCCCGGCCGCCGUCGGGCGUCUACCACACCCGUCUGGAUGCGCACGCCAACUCGCAUGCGGAGAAAUGGUUCCGCUUCCUGGGCGACCCCGAGGAGGGAGAGCCGCGCGCCGAGACGCAGAGCGUGUGGGGCCGCGAGAUUGUAGUGCCCAAGGUCAGCGGGCGCUGCGCCUGGUUCACGUUUGACGAGCUCAUUGUGAAGCCCAAGAGCGCGGCCGACUACCUCGAGCUGGUGCGCCACUACGAGGCGUUUGUCGUCACCGAGGUGCCCGGCAUGAACAUUCAGCAACGGGACCUCGCCAGACGCUUCAUCACGUUCAUCGACGCCGUCUACGAGGGCAACGCCAAGCUCGUGCUCACGACCGAGAAGCCGCUCACCGAGCUGUUUGUGACCAGAGACGAGAUCGCCGAGAGCCUUCUCAAGAGCAAUCCCAAGAUAGACAAGAAGGACCACAAAGCGGCCGGCGAGUUGCUGACCAAUAUCGAAGAGAAUGUGGACAAGCUCAAGAAGACGGACUUGUUUGCGGGUGAGGAGGAGGCCUUUGCGUUUGCACGAGCCCUGAGUCGGUUGAAGCACAUGGAGAGCAAAGAGUGGGUGGAGCGUGGCAUGGGACUGGAACGCCAGGGCGGCAAGGGGAAUAAAGAUAGCUGGACCAAGGCGAGGAGUCGGCAGUAUGAAGACUCAAUGUGAGGCAGAGCGUGCCUGCUUGUUUAUUUGCUUGCCUAGCCAUUGGAAAGAUACCCGUGUGC